CUUCCAAAGAUUUGAGGUCCAAUUGCUUGCGUAUCCGAGAAGCUUCACCAGCGCUGCCUGCCUGCCUUCGUGCCUGCCGCGUCCUGCGGACCCGCCCGCGCUCUCAGGUCUCGUCCGCGAACAACCCUUUUGGCUCCACACGCAUCACCGACUUUUCACCGUCAGCACGCACUGUGAAUUUUUUUGAAUUUUUUUUAAGAAAAAAAAAAAGAAAAGCGACAAAAUAAAUGAAAUGAGAAAGCAACAGCGGAACGCGGCAGCACCGGCGGCCAUGCCGCUGCUCAAGACGUGCCAGGCGUGUUCCAAGGCCAAGAUCCGGUGCCACAGCAGCCAAGACUCGGGCAGCUGUCGUCGCUGUUUGCGCCUUAAUAAGACGUGCACCUUUGCGCAGGCCCAACGCCGCACCGCUGCCGUCCUGCGGGGCCGGAACGGUCAGCCUGACGGCAACGGCAGCGAGAACAGCACGCCGACGGGCAUGACGCUGACCAUGACCAUGAAUAUGGAGCCCGGCGACACUAGCGGCAUCUCCAGCCGGAGCGACGGAGUCCCCGCCUCUUUGGCCGCUAGCGCGACUAGCUUCCGAGAUGAACCUCAACCCGUCAGCCAGCCAGCCCUCACUCUCAGUAGCCAGCAUCAGUAUCUGGCUGGUGUGCAUGCCGCUGCCGGGCCGUACGAUGCCGUCGCUGUCGGCUUGCUCGACAUGGAUCAGGCAGAGCGGCUGGUCCACGUGUUCCGGUCGGCCAUGACCCCCCGCUUCCCCUUCGUGGUGCUGCACGACGCCGUCACGGUCGAGCAGCUGCGUGGCGAGCGCCCGUGUCUGUGUCUGGCUGUGCUCACCGUCUCGGCAUUUCACGACUUUGUCCUGCAGCGGCAGCUCAGCGCCCUCUUCAGCCAGGCAGUUGCCGCCCGGCUGGUGGCGUUCGAGCUUGCCUCGCUGGAUGUCCUGCAGGGACUUUUGGUCCAUCUCGCCUGGGCCCACUACCAACCUCGCCUGCGCAGCUACAGCCAACACCUGCAUCUCGCCACGAGCAUCGUGUCGGACCUGCGGCUUGACCGCCCCCCAAAACCGUACCUGUGGCGAAAGGUCGAGGCGGAUAACCGCGACGAAGGUGUGAGUGCCGGCGCCGAGUGGGGGUCGGACGAGCAGCGAGCCCUCAUUGGCACGUAUUAUCUUGCCUCAAGCUCGUCCAUCGUGCUGCUCAAGAUGCGCCACUUUCCCUACUCGCCCUUCAUCCUCGACAGUUGCGAGAAGCUCGAGGCGCGAGGCGAGUUCCCCGGCGACAAGUACCUCAAACACAUUGUCCAGAUCCAGAGCCUCUCGGAGCAGGUCGACGACCUUGUCGGCCCAAAGGCGGCCGGGCCCUUUGUGCACGAGACCAUGGCAAAGCUCGUCGCCAUCCGCCAGCAGCUUGACGUAAUCAAGCUAGAUCUGCACUUUGCCCUCAGCGAGUGUCCACUACUACUCCUCCAGCUGGGCACGAUCGAGCUGUCCAUCAGCCAGCACUCCCUCCCGGGAUCUCCAUUUGCGCCGAGCGGGGGCAUUGCACCGCAGCAGCCGGGCGGCAGCUUCAUGGAGAUUGUUAACGUGUUCUCCGACUGCGUGCUGGCGGCCAAGUCGCUAAUCAACAUCCUGAUCGUCAUGCCGCCGCGGCAGGAGACGGUGCUGACCAACAUCGAGUGGAUCUCGCUCAGCUGGGCCCUUUCCUUCUCUGUGCGGCUGGACCUCAUGGCCGCGACCCCCCGCGUCACCUGCUUCACCAAACCUCUGCGGCGCACCCUCGACAUCCGCCACGCCCUCCGCCAGGUCGUGCUGCGCAUCAAGUCCAUGGUCUCGCCCGACCGCGACAGCGCCGGCGACCGAGACGCCUUCUACCGCUUUUGGCGGCGUGUCGACCUUAUCGAGGCCUGGUAUCUGCGCCAGGCGGCCGAGCUGACCCCGCUGGCGCUCAGCGAUGCCAACGCCACCCCUUCCGCCGGCGGCGACGCCGCGGCCCAGGACAUGGGCGGGUAUUCGAUGGCCAUGGAUUCGGGGGCCGAGUUCCGUGAUGUGGGUGUUGACGCUGCGGACGGCGGGCCGUACGCGCCCGACGACUUCUCCAUGAUGGACUUGUACUCUGAGGGCAUGGCGCUGGGCGGGGAGAUAUGGCCGCCCAUACCGCUUGACAACAUUUGAGUGUCUUGUGGCUCGAGGAGUGGCGGGCUGUGCAGAGUUUAAAUCAAGUGGGUCCGGAUGGGCUGCGCCCCUAAUCAGGCGGACACGGACAAGGGCACAGACACGGACACGGACGUCGUGGCGGGCGAGCUCGGCGGGCUGUCUACGCUGGCGGCGGCGGCGCAGGCUGAAGCGCAGUUCGCGGGCGUCUAUUCCUCCUCCUCCUCCUCCUCCUCCCCUGGGAGUGGAAGUGGGAGCGACGUGGCCGAGUUCGC